AUGCCCAACAACGGGUGGCCGCAAGAUGCAAGGAUGAAAAGAAUUGGAGAAGGCUAUAUGCUGAACCUUCUGAGCUUGGUGGAUAGUUUUACGAAAUUCCUCAGCCUGGCGGGCUUGUUACCGACGGAGGCGGCAGAGCUUGAGGCGCAGACAAAGAAGGACAUCCAGAAUAAGGAUAUCCACUUUGUCGUCAACACGCACAUUGUAUAUGCGCGUAAGCCCCUGUGA